AUGCCUUCACAGAGACCUUGCGCGGCAUUCGAGCCGAUCUCGCCUGACCUAAAUCUUGCUGCCCUGGUCGAAACAACGCCAAACUUCGAAUAUGUUGUGAGGAUACACUGUGACAUGAUAGAUCACCAAGGGAUCGAGGCCUUUGAGAAGCUGAUUCUGCUACACGUCGUUAUUGGUGGAAAGCCACUGGUGAUUGAGGGCUAUCAGGAGCGCCUGGAUCGGUGGACAUUCGCCCUACAAUGGCUGAGGGACAACUGUUCUCAGAAAGUCGAAAAUGCGCGCGACCUGACGAAAAAGACAAACUUGCCGCUUUCUAUUGGUCAUUACCUCAAUAACAUGGCACUUCUAACAAAUCAGUGGAAUUCUAAGAACUAUAAGGACCCUGACAGGCAGCGAAUAUAUCUGAAGGACAUUGAUUGUCCUCCAUUGUGGCAUGAUAAGCUGAGUCACCUUAUACCACCGGCGCUCUUCUAUUUGAACGAAUCAACAGGAGAACACGGCGGCCCUGGAGCAGUGGAAGAGCCUAACCCCAACGGGCCAGGCACUCGAAGAGGUCGAGCCAUAGCUCAGGCUGGCGAUCUCAUGAGCAGUCUCCCGCCUGAAAUGCGAGCAGAGAACAUGAUGUGCUACAUUGGACACGAGGGCACAUAUACUCCUGCACAUCGAGAGAUGUGCGCUAGCUUGGGGCAGAAUAUCAUGGUCGAGACAUCGACAGGUGCUGUCGAAGACGGCAAGCCAACCAAGCCAGGCUCCUCCAUCUGGUUCAUGACCGAGACGAAGGACCGGCACGUUGUUUCUGAAUAUUGGCUCUCUGCACUUGGCCACGACAUUGAAGUCGAGAACCAUUUUGCACAGAUCAACGCGUGGAAAGCUGCCCCUUUCAAGACGUGGGUGGUGGAGCAGCGGGUUGGUGACUUUAUACUUAUCCCUCCACUUGCUCCUCAUCAAGUAUGGAAUCGGGGCACGCGGACAAUGAAAGCUGCGUGGAACAGGACAACUGUAGAAACCUUAGAAAUGGCGCUGGAAGAAGCCCUACCACGGGCGAGGAUGGUCUGUCGAGACGAGCAGUAUAAGAACAAAGCAAUCAUCUAUUACACGCUCGUCAAAUACUCGAAGCUUCUCACAGCAGCUGCGAAUCUGAAGCAAAAGGCCUCCAACAAACCCCCUGCGAAAGUUCGCCAGCUACAGAAAGACUUUCGACGACUUCAUACACUCUACACACAGAUCCUAAUCUCCGAGAGUUUCGCGCCCGGUCAAGAGGAGAGGAAGCUCGAAUUCAUCACAUACGAUAGCAACAUCACCUGCUCUUAUUGCCGAUGCAACAUUUUCAACCGCUUUCUGACCUGUCCGUCUUGCAUCGGCGAGCUGCCUAAUGGGGAUGAAGAUACUUACGAUAUCUGCAUGGAGUGCUAUGCAAUGGGCCGGUCAUGCCUGUGCAUCUCGAAGCUAAAAUGGGUCGAGCAGUUCUCCUGGGGAGAUCUGACCCAGAAACACGAGCAAUGGCGACGCCAGAUCAUCCAGGCUGAAGGUCAAGUGACAGAAAAGUCGCCUAAAUCGCUCAAGGUUGAGCUGGAAAGGUAUGGGAAACGAUCGUUGGCUGAGAUCUGUCAGUUAGAGCUGAAGAAGCGACCCUGGAAAGAUGUAAGAAGACCGGUUGCGCCUGUGGAUGACGGGAAUGUGAGUGAUGAGGUUGUGGUCAAUGGAGAGGGCAUUGUGCAGAAGAAAAAGCGGAAGCCUCGACAGUCGGAGAAGUUCAAAAGAGAACACAAAGUGUGCCAUUUCCACACUACGUGGGAGCCGAAAUGGAAGCAGAUCGAAUGCUCGCAAUGUGAUGCCAGCUUUUGCUAUGGCACACUGGCUCGAGCAUUUGACAUGAAACCGCAGGAGAUUCUGGCUGAGAAGGACUGGAAAUGUCCUCGGUGUCGCAAUUUCUGCAUCUGCAGACGGUGUAGGGAGAAGCCGGGCUGGAAGAUGAUCGAGCCUCCGAGGAUAAUGCUUGGCCAUGAUACGAAAAAGGUUGCAGAUCCACGAAGUGUGGAAAGCCUGGUCGAUUACAGCCAAUCGAACAUUAGCUGGUUACAGAAAGUUGGCGACGAUGGCACCAAGGACACCAGAAGGCUCCAAAGGAGGAAACAGGCAGCCGAAAAGGCCAAAGCCAAGCCUGACGAGCUUGGUGACCAUUAUGUCGAGGAUGCGGACACGACAAGGCCAGAAAAUAGCGCGGUUGAGAACGGUCUCCUUCGCCUGGCUCGCCAGGAAGGCAUACCAAUUGAUCCUAACCUGGAGAAUGGGGCAGGGGAAGCGACCACGGAUGGCGAAUCUCAAGAGGAAGAGGACCGCUACAACGAGAAUCCUGAAGAAGCCGGCGUGGGAGAGGUCUUCGAAUCGUAUCGUCAGGGCCCACCGCAACCGCAACAUGUCAUCCCGGCUGGAGGCAUCAUUCGGGAUGCUGAACACGCUUAUGAUGCGACCGAGGCCAUCACCUUUGAUUAUCCUGAUCCUGAGUUUGAGCAGCAAGUCCCACAGUCGGACGAACAUGCAGUACUAAAAGAGCCAGCACCUCUAGGGUACGAGCCCGCAGUACAGCCCGAAGAGCCAGCCGAGAUCGAAAUGGUGCAAAGGAAACGCAAGAGAUCUGGUGCUGAGGCUGGGGAUGAGCCAUACAAAGCUCACAAGAAGGUCAAGGACAUGAGUGCAAGAAAGAAGAAGCAGCGGAAGUCUUUGGUGGUUAAGCUGAACAUUGACAAGAGCAAACUUGGAGAGCUCAACAAGAUGGCUCUCAUCGCACAACGAGCUCUGAAUGGCGUUGAAGAAGAUGAGACGCCUGUUAUUUCCUCGGAUUUGAGAGCGCUAAAUGCGGAAUCGGGUGCGGCAGAUACUCGGCUACGAGUCAAGAAGGUUCACAUUGAGCGCGAUGACGAGGAUGACGACUUUACUGGACCCAGGGUUCGUAAAGACCGACAGAAAUCGGCUCCGGAGGUGCAUUCAGUGCCAGCUCGAAGAACUCGAACUCAGAACGUCGCCUAUGAAGAGUCUUCCGAUGGCGAAGGAUUUGCAGAGGUAGUUGGUCCGCACAAGAGGCGAGAUUCACGUCACCUUGAGGGGCCAGAUUCAUAUGACAACGGAACGCAAUCACAAAGCAACAGCUCCACUGCUGCAGAUAGCGGUGGUACUGACGCCUCUUCUCCAAUCAACGCCGACGUCGAACCUUCACUGGAGCAAACCGAUGUGGUUGUAGGUCUUGAUCAAGCCCCGACUACUUCUCAAAAGACCGUCUCAAAGAGAAAGGAUGGUAUUGAAUCUCCGGCAGACUUGAACAAAAAGAACUCAGCUGGACAUGAGAUUGUUAGCUCGACUAUAACAGUUGAUAGCACUAUCAAUGUGGAAUCCCAGAAUCGCACGGCUAUUCAGCUAACUGGAAUUCAGCGUUCGAAGUCCACAAAAGGACCGUCGGCGUCUCCACUGAUCUCUGUGUCGUCAGUGAAUACUCCGCGAAAUGGAAAGGCACAGCCACGGUCUUCUGGGGCGUUGGAAGCGGAGAAGAAUCGCAAAGCCAAGCUGGCGGCUAUGCAUUGGGCAAGAGGUGAUAGCAACGACUUGGAAGACGAGACAUGGUCAGGCUCAGAGGAGGAGGAGGAAGAUGAUGAUGAUGAGCCAAACAAGGAUCAUUUCGUUCCAAAGGCUCGCACACCUCGCCAGCACAAGCCAAUUGAGAAGUCUAGGCUAGGGGUACCAGAUCCCGUUCGUCCAACACCAAAGCCGGUGGAUUCGGGUGCUGCCAACAGGGCUUCGGCACGCAAGGCAACACCGGCCGAUUGGAAUAAUGUAAUCAGCUCCGAUGAGGACAUGGUGGACGUGUCCAUUGAGCAUUCCAAGGAGCAUUCCAAGCCAUCAGUCUCAUCUGCCCGGGCUAAGCGUGUUGCCGGUGCGCUGAAGGCGGCAUCACCAACCGGAAGGAGGCGGUGA